GAAGCACUGUUUGUUAGCAAAGGAAAUUUAAAGUUGGAAGUAACAGAAAAUAUGUGAACCUUUUGUCAUUUCUCUUAACUCACAUACUUUUAUUUUUCUUUCUUUGAAAUAAUUUUUUUAGUUUGGCUAUGGCUGGAGAAUUAGGAGAGAUUAGAUCAACAAAAGGACUGAACAAGUCAUGUUUUCUUCUCAUAGUGUUGGCUGGAAUGGAGAGAUUUGCAUUCAAAGGGGUGGCAUCAAAUUUGGUGACAUAUUUAACAGAUGUGGUGAAAAUGAGGAAUUCAGAAGCAGCAAAAACAGUGAAUAAUUGGUGUGGAUUUACAUCUAUGUUGCCUCUUUUAGUUGCUUCACUUGCAGAUUCUUGCUGGGAUAAAUCUCCCACCAUUCUUGCUUCUUCUUUCCUUUAUCUUUUGGGACUAUUGGCAUUGACAUCAACAUCAUUGACAUGGGAAUGGCAUUCAACCAACAAGCUAGGUUCUUCAUUCUUGUACUGCUCCCUUGCUCUAAUCUCACUGGGCCAAGGUGGAUACAAUCCAUCUUUACAAGCUUUCGGAGCAGAUCAACUCGAAUACGAUGAUGAACUACCAACUUCAAAACAUGACAAGAAACCAAAUAAAAAGAGCUUAUUUUUCCAAUGGUGGUAUUUUGGUGUUUGUGGUGGUAGUCUUUUAGGUGUUACAGUCAUGUCUUAUAUCCAAGACACAUUCGGCUGGCCACUCGGAUUCGCCAUCCCGACAAUCGCUAUGCUUUCUUCGAUUAUGUUAUUCUGUUGCGGAAGUCGAAUUUAUGCAUAUAAAGAGGAUGAAAACAACCGCGAAAAGUCCUUUAAGAAUAUCGUUCGAGCUGUUAAAGAACUUGCAUUGAGACUAGGCGGCUGCAGAAUCACCUUAUCAAGUAAAAACUCGGAAGUUGUUGAGCUAGAGCUUCAGGAAAAUCCGCUUUGUCCGUACAAUUCAGACAAUGUGAAUUGCUGCCUGAAUAAAACCAGCUCCAGAAGUGGAACUUGCCUUGUCGAAAAUGCGAAAGCAGUACUGAGGCUAAUUCCUAUAUGGACAAUGCUGUUAAUGUUUGCUGUCAUUUUUCAACUGCCUGCAACUUUCUUUACCAAACAAGGUGUGACAAUGGAGCGGAGCAUUGGCGCAAAAUUCAAGAUUCCUCCUGCUACAUUACAGAGUGCUAUUACGGUAUCUAUAAUCCUCCUGAUGCCAUUAUAUGAUAAAAUCUUUAUUCCAAUCAUAAAGCUGGUUACACGCGACGAAAAGGGUGUCACCGUGAUGCAAAGAAUGGGAAUCGGAAUGUUCCUGUCGAUCAUAGCAAUGAUCAUAGCAGCAUUGGUUGAAAGAAAACGACUUGUAAUCAGCCAGACGAUGCCUAAACGUUCUGAAACAGUACCAUUAAGCAUAUUCUGGCUACUACCUCAAUACAUUCUGCUUGGAAUUUCCGACAUAUUCACCGUUGUCGGAAUGCAAGAGUUUUUCUAUACUGAAGUUCCUGUCAGAAUGAAGACUAUGGGAAUCGCACUGUAUACUAGCGUGUUCGGAUUCGGAAGCUUCUUGAGUGCCUUUCUGAUCACGCUAGUAGAAGUUUGUACUCGAUCGAGAGGGAGACAGGGCUGGUUUAACGAUGACAUGAGAGAAGCUCGACUCGACAAGUAUUACGGGCUUCUUGCAAUCUUAAGUGCAUUGAGCAUGCUGGUGUAUGUCAUAUUAUGCAAGUUUUUUAAGAGUAGAUGUGAUUUGGAUAGUCAGAACUGUAAAUGAUCAUCUUGGUUUCCAAUUCUUUUUCAGUUUUGAGUAAA